AAAGUUUAUAGAUAUCAAUUCACUAUCACAUUCUGCUACAUCAGAGAGCCCUGCUUCCUGCUACUGCAAGCCCCCCCAUGACCUGAGCUUUUGGAAUUAAACCCAGUAUCCACCAGCUAUAAUUGUUUGGCCCUGGCAACUUUCAUCUUUAUUACAAUGAGCAAAUCUAGGGUCCACAAGAAACUCACCAAGCAAGCCAUUGCCGAUCAGAACCAAAAGCCGCAGAAAUCAGAGAAACAACCGUCUUGGGUGGUGGUGAGAGGCCUAUUGACCUGUAGAAACGUUCAAACCCAGCAGCAGCAGAAGCAGUCGCAACAGAUUCCUGAAGGGAAACAACAGCCGAAGAAGAAACAAGAACAGCGAAAGUUGCAAGAAGAAAGAGUCCCAGAAGAUCAGAACGGCAAGAAGUGCAAGAAGAUGAAAUGUUCAGGCUCGCUUUGUAAUAACACCAAUAUCAUGGCUAGGCCUGAAACGGGAUGCCCUGAUGCCCACAACAAAAAGGCCUCACUGUCUGCAUGUAGCGGCAGCAACAAUGAUGCUUCAAGCAGAUCCAUGAAAGCUCCUCCUCGAGAACCAAACACCGCUGUUUUAGCAUCUUCUUCUUCAUUGUCAGCAUCUUCUAGUUCUUCUGUUAGCGGGUCUUUCAAGGGAAUGCCCUUCAGGAGACUCUCUGGUUGUUACGAGUGCCGAAUGGUGGUUGACCCUGUUCUGGGUUUCACCAGAGACCCUUCUCUCCGGAGUAGCAUUUGCUCAUGCCCAGAUUGUGGUGAGAUCUUCAUGAAAGCUGAAAGCUUGGAGCUUCAUCAGGCUGUUAAACAUGCAGUGUCGGAACUGGGUCCCGAAGAUACAAGCAAGAAUAUAGUAGAAAUCAUAUUCCAUUCAAGCUGGCUAAAGAAACAGUCCCCAGUCUGCAAAAUAGAUCGCAUCCUUAAAGUCCACAACAACCAGAAGACGAUUUCCAGAUUUGAAGAAUAUAGAGACACCAUAAAAGCCAAAGCCACAAAGCUCCCCAAGAAACACCCACGUUGCAUAGCAGAUGGCAACGAGCUGCUCAGGUUUCACGCAACCACCUUCGUCUGCUCUCUGGGCCUAAACGGUUCGUCUAACCUCUGUAACUCAAUGCCUCAGUGCAACGUUUGCAACAUAAUAAAGAACGGAUUCAAGGUCGCCGUAGAAACGAACGGAGGAAACGACGGGACGGGAAUAUUGACGACGGCGACUAGCGGGAAGGCACACGACAAAGCUGUGGUUUCCGCGGACGAGAACAACGACAUUAGGGCGAUGCUGGUUUGUCGGGUAAUAGCUGGCAGGGUGAAGAAGAAUGUGGAAGGAAGCAUGGAGGAGUAUGAUUCCAUGGGAGGGGGUGUCGGGGCGUACUCUAACUUGGACGAGUUGUAUGUGUUCAAUCCAAGAGCUAUAUUGCCUUGUUUUGUUGUGAUCUACAGAGGAUUUUGAUGCGCCCUGUCGGGCUAGGGGUUUAGCUUUUUUCUUGAAAUGAAUAAUGUGUGUUCAUUUCUGUGCCCAUCUUGUUAAAUCACGGCAAUAUGGCUAUUAUUUGUCAUGGGAAAAUAUGGGUUCAUUUGUGUAUUCUUCCCAAUCGGUGUUAUAGAUUUGGCCCUAGAAUCGAAUUGUAUAUUAGUGUUUGCCCUUUCAUUUU